ACCUGCUGCACACUACUGUGUUCGCGCCAGCUGUGUUCCCUAAUCAUGUGAUGUUGAGCACAGCAGCCGCAGCCAGCAACAUACUCCUGCUGGGGUCAGUGUGGAAUUAAAAAAAAAAAAAAGUUAUUCAAAAGAAAUGUUGAUAAACUUGCUAGCGGAUCGAGUUUUCGUCGAGCAGUCAUACCACACGCUUUGGCCAAAGACAAAUUGGUUGAUCUUUUGAGUGUUCAACCUGCCGUCCAGCUCUUGAAUAAGCUUAUCAGCUCAUGCUAGCUCAACACCGACGCUCACCCGGGCUGAGGCGCAGCGGCAGAGCCAGCGAGCCGAGGAUCAUUUCCGACAACCCCGUAUGGAUUUGACGUCGGCAUACAUUGCUUGAUGUUUUUAAAAGGGCCGGUUGCUGGUGGUUUCGAAGAUGGGGGAGCCUUGUGACCUAAAGCAUCUGGUAAAGUGUGACAUCACUUUGGAGGGCUCAUUUCUCUGAAUUGGAUUAUUCUUGGCCAGCAGCCUCUACAGGCCUACUAACCCUAGACGUGUUCCUCAAUGGACACUCUGCUCAAGUCAGAGAUCAGAGAGGAGGGGAGUGGUACCUCGGUCACAGUGGAGGGCCUCUCCAAGGCAGCUCUAAUGAAAAGCCUUUCUCCCAGAGUCAUGCUGUCCAACCGUCUCUUGCCUAAAGGGACCAAGAUGAAGGUGAACCUUGAAGAGCAGGGUCGUCAGAAAGUGUCCUUCAGCUUCACACAGACAAAAAAGUCCCUGCAGAGCCCGCUGUUCGUCCCUCCCAGCCCUGACAAGUCUCUUCCUGAACCUCCCUCUGCUUCACCACUGGCAACCUCAGUCCCUCAAGACAAAGUAGGGCAGAAUACAGAUAGUAAAACUGAGAAAAAGCAAUCAUCUGUGGUGCCAACAUCAACAGCAGAGACUCUUUCCCCUCAAACAUCAGUGUCCUUGGCCCCUAAAUCCAAAACGGACCUAUCAAAGAUGCAUUUCAAGAAGCAAAUUCUCAGUUCCUCUGUUACUGAAGAGAAACCGACAUCUAGCACCGUGUCACAGGAGUCACACUCUUCUGAGGUUUUGAUUAAAUCUUCAAGUAAAAGUGGAACGGAAUUCCCUACACCCCAGCCUCAGAAUAAUAUCAGUGACUGCCCCUCUGAGAAUGCUCACACAGAAGCCUCUGAGACGAGGGUAACCCUGAGCCUCAAGAAGUCAACUGAUUCCUCAGGAAAAGAUGGAGAGAGCUCUAGUGCCACAGAGCAGGAUAAAGUAUACAAAAGGAAAACUAGGUCUCAAUCUGAUAGUGUUCCCUCAGAAUCUGAUGGUGAUUCAGUCCACAUGUCUUCCAGCCACAAGUCCAGUGAAUCCACAAGCAAAACAAAGUCAGACAGCAGAAGCAAGGAGGUUAAAAAGUCUUCCUCUGGGUCAAAUGUUGAGGAAAAGGAAAAGAGUUCCUCUAAACGGUCAGAGAACCGUGAAAGAUCUUCUAGUUAUUCAAAAUCAGACCGUGAUUCAAGACACACUUCAUUGCGCUCAUCCCGUUCAGACAAAGAUCGCAGAAGGUCCAGGUCUAGAUCACGGUCUAGAUCAAGAGGCUCUCGGACAAGUUCAUCCCACUCCAGAUCUGAGAGAUCCAGAGGUGAAAGAGGGUCACGCUCAGAUAGGUCGUAUUAUCAUGAUUCUGACCGGAGAUCACGCAGGAGCUCUCCACGCAGAGAGAGAAGAAGCUCUCGUUCCCGUACUGAGAGAACCCGAGACAGUUCUGACUCUGAAGAGGACCAUAGAAAGAAUCGAACAAGGACAAGUGACUCCAGUAGAUCAUCCACCCAUUCAAGUUCACAGAAAGACUCAAAAUCAUCUUCCUAUUUGAAAUCUGACAAAGACUCUAAAUCUGUUAAUUCUCCUCACUCUUCAGAGGUGGAUAAAAGAACACAAUCUUCUUCAAAGUCUGAAAGGGCUUCAAGGCGAACAUCGGAUUCUGAUUGCCAGCACAAGUGCUCACCUGAGCCUAAUUACCAUAAAUCAACAACCCAUCACAAGUCAGAGACCAAUGUCAAAUCUGCUCAUUCAAGUCUGAACACCCAGUCACAAACAUAUGAGAGAAGACGCCAAAAAAGCAGCUCCAGUGACUCUGAGGCAGAUCAUAAAGGAAAGUCACAGGCCUCAGACAGAAGUUCUGUUUCUGAGGAGACCUGUAAAACCUCCCAAAAGAAAACCAGCAAGCCAGAUUCAAAGCACAUGACCCCAUCUAAGGCCUCUACAAAAACCAGUGUAAUUGAGAGACAAUCAAAGGACACAUUUCACAGCCCUAGUAAGAUAUCAACACAUUUAAGUCCUGCUGAAAAGUCAGAUUCUCAACUAGAUGGUACAUGUCAAAGAAAGGAGCAAGACAGCAAGGAUGUCAAGGAGAUGGUCCCAUACCUUGAUAAGAAUUUCCAAGAACAAUCUUCCAAGAGAAUAAAAGAAACAAGCUCAAAUAUCGAAAACGAGAAUAAAAAAGCCUUGCCAAUAACCUCUGAGAACACUUCUAGUGGAAGCCUGAUGCAUGCAAAGGUUUCCCAGGAAAACUUGCCCAUUGUGAAGGAUAGCCUUUGUUCUAAUAAUCUACCACAUGUCGACUCUAAUGCAGCUGUGUUAAAUUUAUGCAGUAGUAAUGAUAGUGUAUUAUCUAGCCAGGACAAAACAUUUGUUCAGUGUUCAUCGGGGCCAAAAUCCUUAAUCGCUGCUGAGAAUUCACAUGUCACAGACCAUGUUCAGCAGGAUACUAAGCCAGAUAAUAUUCAAUUGAAUAAAUAUGUGAUGAUCAACAUACAGCCUUGCACAGGCACUUCUGUAAAAUCUGAUUCAUCACGUCUUGAACCUGAGAAUCAGCUGACACAUACAAGUGCACAGCAGAACACUGGUUCACUUAAGAAAAGCAACAGUAACACAAAAAAAUCUCGUUGGGAUAUUGUUGGGCAAGACACAUCAGACAGUGAUAACUCACAAAUGAUAUUUACUACAGAAAGUAAACCUACUGUUAAAAAAGUUAUCUCUGUCAAAAAAAUAGAGUUUUCUAAAGACAUCAGCCAACAGGAGUCAUCUGGAAUAAAAGAUGAGAUUAGGAAGGAACCUGAUACACAUUCCAUAGUGAUGAAGCAGGAAGAGAUCUCUAAGCAGGAAAUCAACUCUGACAGCAUAUCAGUUAAAGGUGCAUGCGAAGACCAAAGUGAGCUGUUACAAGCAGGCACUAGGGAUGAGCGCUCUGUCUCCAAACCUACUGUUGAGCAAACUACAAACAUAGGUGAGCCUCUACACAUUAACAGUACAUUGCAAGAUGUCGAGAAAGUCACAAAAAUGGAAAGUUGGAAUGGUGAAGGUCCUGAAGAAAAAUCUAAGGAAAGUGCUCACAAGAUCAAACCGGGUAAGAGGAAAUCACUGAAUCAGGACGGAUCAGGAGGGCAGAGUGAGGCUAGUGACAGUGAAGACUCAGAGUAUGACUCUGAUUGUGGAGAGGCAAUUAAACGAUUGCACUCUGUAGUAGUAGUGCCAAAGAAUUCUUCCUUAACACUGGAUACGCAGGACACAGGAGCCCCUUCAUCCAGUCCAAUGAGUAGCUCAGAGCUGCAGCAUGCUAAUCAAGCAGCUGACCUGAAUAUCAGUGAAGUUCCAACUCAAGUCAGUUCACAGCAAAGGCAGGAAAGUGCUUUGACUGUAUGUGAGGAGACUAGUGGUGCAUAUGCCAGUGUACAUGCAUCACCACAUGACAGCACGUUAUGUCAAUCCCAGAGCAAUAUGAUUGACAGCACUAGUCAAUCAGAGGGUCCGCCUUACAAGACUGGUAAUAACAGUGCCCCCGAAAGACCAAAGAUUAGUGCAACAAUGAACCAGAGUUCUUCCCACUGCCUUGAGAAUUCCAGACCGUCUGAACAAGGGCACAAACAGCAUUAUGUAAGUGGCAGAGAUGGAAGGAUGCACUCCCAUUACCAACAUGAUGACUUCUCCAGUGCUGACGAGAUCAACAAGAAGAAUGGAUUUAACCUGAGUUGGGAUUUCUCACAGCCAGAGCAACCCAGCAGUACAUACCAGUUGCCUGAUAGCAGUCAUGGGCCACAGUUACUGAACUCUAAACAGACAGGAAUCUCUCCUUCAGGACAGGGGUAUGUUCAAAAUAAUGUCUCCUGGAACCACCAACCCUCAGUCAUGCAGACUAGCAGACAACCCUACCUCCAUAUGCUUGAGCAUUAUCAGGAUCCUGCAGGUGAAGUCCAUCCUGAUUCUCUCACAAAUGACCAUGAGGACGACAGUGGAGAUAAAGCAUUAAGACUCAGCAAAAUAGCAGUCGAAUGCAAUGGACCUAGCACUUUAAGGUCACCCAGCUUUGUCCAAGGUCAUGAAAUAAGCAGCAACACAAGAGGCUCUGCCAGUGAAGGCUCUGUCUUGCCUGACCCCCCUAGAGAAGAAACCCUCAGGCCUCACAAAGGCAGGGGGCCUCCCAAGAAACGGCGUCCAGAGAUUGAGUCAGAUUCAGACAAUGAGGCAGAACCUGGACCUGCUGUCAAAAGAGAGCGCCAAGAUACUGAUGUCUCUAAGGAAACAUCUGUUAAGGCUGAGGUGUACCGCCCUUUACUUACUCUGCAGGACUUUCAAGAUGCCAAUAAAUGGAGAGAGUUGGCCAAAGCUAAAAAGAUGCCCCCUUAUUUUGAUUUGAUUGAGGAGAACCUAUAUCUGACUGAGAGAAAAAAGAACAAAUCUCAUCGAGAUAUCAAGAGAAUGCAGUGUGAGUGCUCGGUGCUGUCCAGAGACGAACGGUCUCGUGGAGUGCUAGCUUGUGGGGAAGACUGCUUAAACCGACUGCUGAUGAUUGAGUGCUCAUCACGGUGCCUGAAUGGAGUGUACUGCUCUAACCGACGCUUUCAGAUGAAACAACAUGCAGACUUCGAAGUUAUCCUCACAGAAGACAAGGGCUGGGGUCUACGGGCAGCAAAAGACUUGUCUCCGAACACUUUUGUACUGGAAUACUGUGGUGAGGUGUUGGACCACAAGGAAUUCAAAACAAGGGUGAAAGAGUAUGCUCGCAAUAAGAACAUCCACUACUAUUUCAUGUCUCUAAAGAAUAACGAGAUCAUUGAUGCCACGUUGAAGGGUAAUUGCUCUCGUUUCAUGAACCACAGCUGUGAGCCCAACUGUGAGACCCAAAAGUGGACAGUCAAUGGCCAGCUUAGAGUUGGGUUCUUCACUACCAAAGCAGUGACUGCAGGGACUGAACUGACUUUUGAUUAUCAGUUCCAGAGAUACGGCAAAGAGGCCCAGAAAUGCUUCUGUGGGGCUCCGAGCUGCAGAGGCUUCCUGGGUGGGGAGAACAGGGUUAGUGUCCGAGCUGCUGGAGGGAAGAUGAAGAAAGACCGCAGUCGAAAGAAGGAUACAGUGAGCGCUCUCACCACGGUGGAUGAAGAGCUGGAGGCACUGCUGGAGAAUGGAGAGGGCCUGUAUGAUGAGAAGGAAGUGGUGUCCCUUUGCAGACUGAUGGUCCGGGUGGAAACCAUAGAGCAGAGACUCAUCUGUUUAAAGCUCAUUCAAAAUACUCAGAAUCCAUCGUGCUUGAAGCAGUUCUUAGACCAUCAUGGCUUGUCGCUGCUGUGGAUCUUCAUGGUAGAACUCUCUGAAGCUAAGGGCAACAGUGCCAACAACAUCAAACUGCAGUUUGAGAUUAUGAAGACCCUUGCUGUGCUACCCAUCUCUACUAAGAACAUGUUGGAGGAGAGCAGAGUCCUGACCUUCAUUCAGCGAUGGGCCCAGACACACACACUCCCACAGCCUGCUGAGAUGGAUGGCUACUCAAGUGAGAGCACAUCCCGUGCUCAAACACCCCUCAACACCCCUGAUGGUUCCUCUACCAAACUGGGACCAGAAUUGGACAAUGAUACCCCAAAACGGGCUGUGUAUCGGCGCCUCAAAAUCAUCAGUGAAAACAGUCUGGACAGUGCACUCUCUGAUGCCAGCAAAGCAUCUGAUGGGAAGGAGGAGGAGGAAGAGGAGGAGGAUGAUGAAGAGGAAGAUGAAUCCUCGCGUACAGGACUGCCUGAUGUAAAGCAGGCAAAGGCAGAUGCAGUAGGUGAAGCUCCAAAUCCAGCAAAGGAACCAGCAGAGGAGUCAGUCAAAGAGUUGAAGGUGGAGAAACAGGAAGAGGCAGCAAUGAGUCCAAGCACUGAACUCCAUGCUCAACCAGAGGAGGCAAAAGACAAAGCAGAGGAGUUGGGGGUUGAGAGGAAAGAUGUUGACUUGAAAGAGGAUAUGAGUGAGGGUCUUAACAAUUCAUCUGAGGGGCCAAAGGAGACCGUGGAAGAACAGAAUGAGAGGGAAGAAGAGCAGACCAAUCAGCCAGUGGAAGAGAAGAUAGGGGUGGAAGGAGAGCAACACGCCAGUGAAGUUGAAGAAACUGAGAGUCAGUAUACCCAAAUGGAAGUUACUGAUGCUCCACCUGAGCAGCCUGCAGAGAAUCUGGAGCCCCAGGCAGAGACGAAAGAAGCUGAAAAAACUCCUAGCAGUGAGGAGCAACCUGGUGAAUCUAAUACUGAUAUUCCCGUCACCUCUGAAACCCCAGACGCCAGUAUAGCCUCUGAAGCCACAGUGGCACCUACGGAGCCCUCAGUGGUGGGAACUCCUUCUCAAGAUGAGGAGGAGGGGGUCUCAGAUGUGGAAAGUGAGAGGAGUCAAGAACCUCAACUCAGUGCUGUGGACAUUAGUGGCAUGGCUGCCAGGCUCCUGGAAAGCUGGAAAGACCUGAAGGAGGUAUACAGAAUACCAAAGAAAAGUCAGGUGGAGAAAGAUGGAAACGAUCGCAGCCGCGAUCGAGACACAGCUUUGACUCCACGCACCCCUUCUGGUAGCCGAGAACGUGAAAGGGAACGAGAGAAAGAGAGGGAGCGCGACAGAGACAGAGACCGGGAUUAUGAUAGAGACAGGGAUCGAGACUGGGACAGAGAUAGAGAACGAGACCGGGAUAGGGAUCGGGACCGAGAUCGGGAUCGGGAUCGGGAUCGAGCUUCUGAAAAAACUCCACGCAGCAUGGAGCGACGAAGGAGGCGCUCUACCUCUCCACCACCCUCAUCCUACGAGAGAAGUAGCCGACGUACUGAGGAACGGUUUGACCCAUCAAACAGCACCAAGACACCAAGGGUGGUUGGUGGAAAGGACCGCAACAAGCUGUCCACAGAGGAACGCAGGAAACUGUUCGAGCAGGAGGUUGCUCAGCGGGAAGCUCAGAAGCAACAGCAACUUCAGCAACAACAGCAGCAGCAGCUCCAGACUAUGGCUUAUGACCCCACAUUGGCAUAUGCCACUAGUCCUGGCUUCAUCACCUACCCCCCUGGAUACCCUAUCCAAACCUUUGUGGACCCCACCAACCCCAACGCAGGCAAAGUAUUGCUGCCUACUCCUUCAGUGGAGCCCAUGGUUACCACUCUAAACUAUGAACAGACUCCUUCCCAGCCUCAUAUCUCAGAGCUUGGACUGCCUUCUCCUUCCUCCACGUCCCAGGCCCCUCCAGUUUCCAACCUCUCACAGCACAUCACCACCAACCCUCUGGAACUCACCCCUGGCACCCCCCAGCAGUACACCCAGUCAACUGUAGCAGCCCAGGACACAGGGGUCGCUGUCCUCUCUGUCCCUGCCCAGACAGCCCCGCAGGUGCAGGGCCAGCAGAGCUACACCACUCUGUGGGACCCCACCACUCAGCAAGCAGUCACUGUGCAGACCCAGCCGGCGCAGCAAUAUGCUGCAGCCCCAGCGCAGGCCCAGACACAAACGGCCAUCUAUUACCAAGGCCAGCCAUGUCAGACCAUCUACAGCAUCCCCACUGCCUACCCUCAGGCAAACACUCCUGUCAUACAGGCAUACACUGAGCCCACUGCCAGCUAUCUGCAUGGACAACCUGUCUAUACCGGCCACCAGCAGGGAGUGGUGGUACAGCAGGGAGGCACAGUCACUACUAUUGUCACGUCCCAAACUGUCCAACAGGAAAUGAUUGUACCCAACAAUGUGAUAGACCUGCCUCCUCCCUCUCCACCCAAGCCCAAAACCAUUGUCCUACCUCCCAGUUGGAAAGUGGCUCGGGACCCUGAAGGCAAGAUUUACUACUACCACGUUGUCACAAGGCAAACACAGUGGGACCCCCCAACCUGGGAGGGGAGCAGUGACAAUACUAGUGUGGACCAUGAAUCUGAGAUGGACCUAGGAACACCCACCUAUGAUGAGAACCCCUCCAAGUUCUCCACCAAGACAGCUGAAGCAGACACCUCCAGUGAACUGGCUAAAAAGAGUAAAGAAACGUUUCGCAAAGAGAUGUCCCAGUUCAUAGUGCAAUGUCUAAACCCUUACCGAAAGCCAGACUGCAAGUUUGGACGCAUCAGCAACACCGAUGACUUCAAACACCUGGCUAGAAAGCUGACUCAUGGUGUUAUGAAUAAGGAGUUGAAAGCUUGCAAGAACCCCGAGGACCUCGAGUGUAAUGAGAAUGUGAAGCACAAGACCAAGGAGUACAUCAAGAAGUACAUGCAGAGAUUUGGCUCGGUGUACAGGCCCAAAGAAGACACAGAGGUGGACUAGCCUCUGAGGCCGUAGAAGUGACACCUGCUCUGGGCUAACACAAGAGACGCACAGAUCUGCCUUUCCGCUCACUAAUUCAUGUAUGAAUGAGCCAGCCUGAACCGUGAAGUAGUUUAAUACGCAUAUUUAUGACUAAAGACUGAACUGCUGCCCAGAAAGCUCUCCGGGCCAAGUGGUGUGUGGAGGGGCCCUAAUCUAGAGACUGUCAAGGGACUCAAGUGUUGCUGAAUGACCUGAGACUCCAGGUGAAGUGUUCACAGACACUGAGGGGUGCUACAGAGACUAAUGUUUUCACUGACAUAUUUUGAUUUUUAGCUUUUACCCUUUUGUGGCUCUUAAAUGUUCCCAAGAUGAUCACCUCAAUUCCACUUUUUAAACACUUCUACCCCUGCCUGCGGAUUACUGAAGUGAAUCAGCAUCAGAAUCAUGUUUAUUAAUUGUUCAUAAUGCUCAUAAUUUCUUUCCACUGUUUAAAAUGGAUCAAUGUGCAAAAACAAACUCCUAUUUUGUUUUGUUUUCUUUUGGUUUUGUUUUUUUGUUUGUUUGUUUGUUUGUUUGUUUUUUUGGUUUUUUCCUCCUCUCCAUAGGACUUUUUCUUGUGCGUGCUUCAACCUCCCCCCGCCACUGACUCUGUAUCUGGUGCUGCUUUUAGCCGGGCUGUGGAGGUCCAAGCUUCCACUCCUCAAACCCUGCCUUCUUAACCACAAGACUUUGGAGCCUCUGUUGUUUUAUGAAUGCAUGGUGUAUGCUGAGGUCAGGGUGGUAUCCUUAUGGAAAUUCCUACAUUUUCCAGAUCUCCUGCUCCAAGUAAUAUGUCCUCACCAAGAAGUGGGAAUAUUUCACUUGAAUAGGAAACCCUAAGUCCUAGUUCAGCUGUUUAUAUUGAGCUUGUGCCCACAAUACACUUUUGCAUCGGCCAAUGAACGGCAGGUUGGCAAUAGGGUUACUGAUCUUUUUUUUUUUUUUUUUUCCUUUUUUAAUCUAUGUAUGAUGAAGGGAACAGGGUUUAAAUGCUGUGUUUGAUGUGAGGUUUAGCUAUGUGUCUGUGUGUCCUCAUAUCCUGUUUGGCACCCCACCCCCUCCAACAACUUGUACCUGCCCUGUUUCCCCUUCACAUGAUGAUAGAAUGAUGGUUGUAGCAUUGCGAUUUUUAACAUCUUGUGUGUUAUUGCUCUUUUUACCAUACAAGGUUAUUGUUAAGCAUUGCAGACACCGUGCUGUCAUGCUCUGCAAACUGUUUCUCAUUAAUUUCCAUAGUUUGCCCUGGUGUCAAGGUUACUGUUCCAUUUGCAUCGGGUCAGUAACUGCUCAUCAUCUCUUGCCCAUAAAAUUGCAUUAAACAAUGUUCCAACAUAUGUAUAUUGCUUUAUAUGUGAAUAUAUUGAAAAAUAGUUUUUGGAAUGUUUAAAUAAGCAAAUACUUUGUAAAAGGACUAUUGUUUCAUGUUUGAAAGUGUAAAUAUAUGUAAUAUUACCAAACCUGUACACAGGGGAGUAGGGUCAGGGGGCACAGUGAGCCCACCCAGCCUCACCAGCUCAACCCCCCUGUUGCAGUUCCCACUUCAGUCAAACCUAGGACCCCACUGACUCACAGCCCUCUAUUUUAUUUCAGUGGUAGGGGUGAAUCAUUUCAGUUUUUGUUUUGUUCUUUUUUUCUAUGUACAAAGUAAGUUUCACCCUACUCUUCUGUAAGUAUUGUGUAAGCACAUUGUCAUACUGAGUGUACAAACAUUUUAAAAGAAAAUAAACUUUUUGGUAAAACA